AGAACGAGUAACCAGAAUAUGUUUUUCACUAGAAACGGGUAGUCGAGUGAAACAGUUACUUGUUAUUUGAAUUUUUUGAUGCACUGGCAGCACUAAUUGCUGUGGCAUUGACAUUUUAUAUUUUGCAUUUGCGAUUUGAUUUUGUUUACUUAUUUUUGCCGACAAUAUUAAAUUGAAACAGAUAAAUGGAAGACGAUAACGAUGACGGUUCACGCCAACGUCAAGCACUUGAUAUUACUGAGCCUGGGCCAGAUUUUGAUCCAAACGCCACACCGGAAAAUGGUGACGAAUAUUUAACGCAUAUGUUGUAUGAGAGGCAAAGAUGCCCAAAAAUUGUGAAGGCACAUAAGAAAAAAUUUAAUGUGGAGAAUAAAGAUCCGGAAAGAGACGCUUUGCGAUAUAUGAAAAACAUUCAGAACUUACAAGAAUCCACAAUGCCAACUUUAGAUUUUUUACCAAAUGAACAUUGGAAAAGAAGUCAGGAACAAACGUUCUUAGUUACGCGUUGUAAAACUUUAAUAGAACGUGAAAAAUUCGAAAUUAGUGAAGCGAUAUUAGCUGAUUUACCAGACAUAAGAGAUGCUGUCGCAUGGAAAAAAUUUUGCAUUGAGAAAAAACCGUUAUUAAGUUUAAUGUUCACUUUAGGCCAGCGCAGGUUAGAGGUUCUGCUUAAUCAUAUUAAAGAGUGGCUAAAUAAGGGCACGGAAGACAGUGAUAGUGAAGAAACUUGUGACUGUGACAGCAACAAAGACUUAGAAGCGACAGUUGAAAAUGCUGAUUUAUCCCGUAAAACUGAAAAUAACUCAGAACACUUAAGAGAUGAGGAAGAAGGUGCUGAAUCAAUAGAUGAGAUAAAAUGCACAACCGGUGUACCUCAAAUUGACUUGAGUGGUAGUCAGAGUUGGUUAGGAUUAUGGCUUUAUGCCGUACUAGUUUGCUUAGAAAUUCCUUUAGAAGGGCAUGUCAUUGGCACUUUAAGGGAAAUUGCAAGAUCAUGUAUACGACUACGAUGCAACAUUGCGCCAUCAUGCUUGGAGAAAGUGACUCCUUGCAAUUUGUUUAUAUUUUUAAUUGCAAAAGUUUUUGCGCAAUUUGAUUUAAUCGGUUUCGUUUAAGAAAAAGCGCUAUUAUAUAUUUUUUAAAAUAAACUUUAUAUUGUAAAAUAAACCAUUAUUAAUAAAUUGAGGAAAAAUUAAAU